UUUCAAUUUAUUGCAAUGCACCGAGGCAGAUGGAGUUGGAACCAAUCUUGUAUUUGUCGCCUUUUUUCUGCUUUCUACCUUCCCCUGUUCUUCCAUUGCGUUAUAUUUACGACAAUUUUAUAGUGUUCGUGAGAAAGAUUCUCUUUUGCCCUCCUUCAUCGUUUUCGCCAAUCUCAAAACCCUACUUUUUUUCCUUUCCCCUUUCUUGGGGGUGUUGAGAAGAAACGAUGGUUUUCUACUUCAAAGCUCGCCCCGAGGCUGGUGAUUUUACCAUCUUUAUGGGAUUGGACAAGCACGAGAAUGAAGAGCUCAUAAAAUAUGGAUUCCCCGAAGAUAUCUGGUUCCAUGUUGAUAAAAUGUCUUCAGCUCAUGUUUAUGUAAGACUGCACAAGGGCCAGACAAUCGAUGAUAUAAGUGAAGAUUUAUUGGAAGAUUGUGUUCAGCUUGUCAAAGCAAAUUCUAUCCAAGGCAACAAGGUGAAUAAUAUUGAUGUUGUUUACACUCCUUGGUAUAAUUUGAAGAAGACGGCUUCAAUGGAUGUUGGGCAAGUUGGUUUUCACAACCCUAAGAUGGUCCGAACUGUGAGAGUUGAAAAGCGCAUAAAUGAGAUAGUUAAUAGACUGAACAAAACAAAAGUUGAAAGGAAGCCAGACUUGAAAGUCUAUGCAGCUGAGCGAGAAGCAGUUAAUGCAGCCGAAAGGGCAGAGAGAAAAGUCCAACUGAGAGAUAAAAAACGGCGAGAGGAGAUGGAGAGGCUUGAAAAGGAGAAACAGGCAGAGAUUAGGAGCUACAAGGGCCUGAUGGUCCAAGAGAAGAUGACCUCUAACAAACAGAUUGCGUCAGCAAGCAAGUCACUGCAAGAACUAGAAGACGAUUUCAUGUAAUUCCAGAAAAAUAGAAGCAAAUCCUUCAUAUGUAAGAAGCCUUGACUUGGCAAACUUGAUUGCUUAGUUCCACAGAGGGAGGGAAUCUGCCCGAAAAGUGAAAUCUGUAAGUUCCUGGCACAGAUUUGUUUCACUCAUGAAUGAGUCUAUGUUCACCACCCUCUAAUUGGAUGCCAAUGGGAAUAUAGACUUGUCAACCAAAAAAUGAGUUUACAUAUUUUGUUGUCAGGUUGAUUUAUGUAUUUCUUAAGAUUUGAAUAAUGGGAAUGAUUGAUGAACAUGACAAAAGUUUUGUUCUAUUGAUUUUAAGCAAAUGCCUGAUUGAUACUUGGUUCUGC